CUGUAGAUGAUUGACAGGCGGAGGGAUUGACCUCACCAUCAUACGAUGUGAAGUAACCGGAGAUAAAACAGCGACUUACAUCGAACCAGAGCCAUAAAACACAUAUGAUCCACGGAAAAGAGAUUGGAGAAGCAGUCGGGUGUUUCUUCACUCGAUGAUCCGAUUAUAUCCGCUUAACGUUCGUGAAAAAAACAUUAAAGAGCUGUAUUGUUUCAUCUGAUGUAAAUAAAUGCUCAGUUAUAAGUUCUCCAAAGGCUCCAGAAGUGUGUUUGCGAGAAUGUUCGAGACUAAAGGAAUCUUCAGUGUUUGUGUGGACGUCAGCUGCGUGGUGCUCGCUGGACUUCCUUUUGCGAUAUUGAAUAUUCAGCACACGCCAUUCAAAAGAGGCUUUUUUUGCAACGAUGACUCCAUCAGGUACCCUUUUAAAGAAGACACCAUAUCCUACCAGUUACUGAUGGGGAUAAUGAUUCCAUUCGCGCUGUUGAUAAUAAUCUUCAGUGAGUGUUUUUCCUUGUAUCUGCGGUCCAGAGCUUCUUUCAGUUAUGAGUAUAUAGUGUGUGUGUACAAGGCCGUAGGAUCAUUCGUGUUUGGAGCGGCGUUGAGUCAGUCUCUGACUGAUAUCGCCAAAUACACCAUCGGCCGUCUGCGACCGCACUUUCUGACCAUGUGUAAACCAGACUGGAGCCUCAUUGACUGUAAAUCUGGUUAUAUUGAGAACUUCACAUGCACAGGAGAUCCAGUCAUCGUCAAUGAAGGCCGGCUUUCCUUUUAUUCUGGUCACUCAUCAUUCUCCAUGUACUGUAUGCUGUUUCUUGCUCUGUAUCUUCAGUCUAGACUGAGAGCAAGUUGGGCUCGACUGGUUCGUCCGACUCUGCAGUUCUCUUUGAUCGCUGUGUGUCUUUACGUGGGUCUGUCGCGCGUCUCUGAUUAUAAACACCACUGGAGUGACGUUCUCACUGGAUUCGUUCAGGGAGCCGCCGUGGCACUGUUUACUGUGUUCUUCGUAUCGGAUCUGUUCAGCGCCAGACACACGUCAGAUAAAGACGAGGAGCUCUCACACACGAGUCUUCAGGAGACGUCAGAUCCGCUGAACCACUACGGCAGCACAGAGUAACAUGCAAUCCUUUCCACAACCGAUUCACCUCAUUUUUAUAAUUUUACUGGGGAAAAAGGUAAUUUUUCAUAAUGCACAGCAGUAGAGAAGAAUACCAUGAUAAAUACAGCGGCAGUGCAACAAUAUUCACUCUGCAGCAC